GGUUUCUCCGUGUGCAGAGAUCGCCUCCCCCCCGCACCCCAUGCCUGUCUGCCUCCUGAUCGGUCUGUCUCUCUGUCUUCCAGAGACAAAAGGAGGCUGAAGCGGUGCUUGCUACCGCCUCCCGGCUUGUCCGGGCUUUCUGGGCAGCCGCUCGCCCCAGCAGCCGGGCUCGGACCAUGGCAGGAGCCGGCAGGCGCGUGUGAAGUUGAUCCCGGCCUCCGCACCCCUCCUCCCGCCAGCCAAGUCUGCUGCAGGUCCUGACACCCAAGCUCCCCCAGAGCCCAUAAGCAGGAUGCCAGGGCUCAUUAACCGGACAAGCAGCUCCCCCCUCCCACUCACAGCCUCCGAGGUCACCUCUUGCGUCAGCGGCUAUGCCUUUGGGAUGACCGCCUCCCUGACCUACGGCAACCCGGAGGCCCAUCCCUUUGAAGGUCUCUUUGUCUACCCACUGGAUGAGUACACCACCGUGGUUGGGUUCGAAGCGGUUGUUUCCAGGCGGGCCGUGACCGUGCAGAUCAAAGACAAAGCCAAAAUAGACGACUGUUACUUGAACUGCGGGAGCCUCCCCAAUGGAAGAGCUCAGGAUGGCAGCGGAAGGAUCGCGCUGGAUGAGGAUUUGGAGCGAAUCGCUUUUGUGGCUAACCUGGGUGUGAUCCCUGCGCUGGAAAGCGUGUCCAUCUUCAUCAGCACCUCCUCGGAGCUGCAGACUCUCCCGAGCGGUGCCGUGAGGGUCCUUCUCCCAGCCGUGUGCGUCCCCAAGGUGCCCCAGUGCGGCGUGGAAAGCACCAGCCUCUCUGGACAUCAGCUCCGAGCAGAUCGACAUUCCUGCGCAGCUGGGAGCCCGGAUCCGGCUAACACGUUCUGUCUGGCCCAGCUGUUGGAGAGCGAGGCCACCAACCCCACCGAGUACGAGUUCAGCUUCCACCUGGAGAUCCGGGGGCCCUGUGUCCUCGCAGGAGUCGAAAGCCCGACACACGAGAUCCGAGCUGACGCCGACCCCUCUGCCCGCUCCGCCAAGAGCAUCGUGAUCACACUGGCCAACAAACACACUUUUGACAGACCGGUGGAAAUAUUAAUCCACCCGAGUGAGCCUCAUAUGCCUCAUAUCUUGAUGGAAGAGGGUGACAUGACCCCGACAGUAUAUGAGCAGCACCUGAAGGGGAGAAAUGAUUUCAUUAAAGGGACCAAGAAGGACCCCAGCGCUGAGAAAAAGACGGAAAUCAUCAGGAAACGUCUCAACAAGGACAUCCCUCACCACCCCGUGAUCAUGCUGAACUUCUGCCCUGACCUGAGAACCAGCCAGCCAGACCUCAGGAAAACCCAGGGAGAGUUCAUAUUUCUGAUAGACCGCAGUGGAAGCAUGAGUGGCACGAACAUCAGCCGCGUCAAGGACGCCCUGCUGGUCAUACUCAAGAGCCUGGCACCGGCAUGCCUCUUCAACGUCAUCGGAUUUGGGUCGACCUUUAAGACCCUCUUUCCUUCCAGUCAAACUUACUGUGAGAAGAGUCUGGCUAUUGCAUGUGAGAGCAUCAAGAAGCUCCGGGCGGAUAUGGGUGGCACCAACAUCUUAUCCCCUUUAAAGUGGAUCAUCCGGCAGCCCAUCCACAGAGGCCACCCGCGCCUGCUCUUCCUGCUGACUGACGGAGCCGUUAGCAACACCGGGAAGGUCAUUGAGCUGCUGCGGAAUCAGUCUUUCUCCACCAGGUGCUACAGCUUCGGCAUUGGGCAGAAGGCCUGCAGGAGGCUGGUGCGUGGGCUGGCUGCCGUGUCCAAGGGGAGUGCAGAAUUCCUGGCGGAGGGCGAGAGGCUGCAGCCAAAGAUGAUCAAGUCUCUGAAGAAAGCUAUGUCACCCGUCCUGAGCGAUGUAACUGUGGAGUGGGUCUUUCCUGAAACCACUGAGGUCUUGAUCUCCCCAGUCAGUGCCAGCUGUCUCUUCCCUGGCGACCGGCUGGUUGGGUACGGCAUUGUCUGUGACACGUCCCUGUACAUCUCUAACCCCAGAGCUGACAAGAGGCGGCGCUACAGCAUGAUGCAUUCCCAGGAGUCAGGCAGUUCCGUUUUCUUUCACUCCCAGGAAGAGGGAGCUGGCUCGGACAGCUGGAGCUAUCCCAAGGACUCUGAGGGGGGACUCCCUUCAGAGCGGACCCCUGAUCUCUUGGUGGUUGGUGGAGAACUGAGGAGAGAAUCUGACCCAGAUACUGGGCUGGACCCUAAAUCCUCCUCCAGGCGAAGGGUGUACAGCACCAAUCAGAUUGCCAGCCACGAGCCUUUCAAGAGGGUCCCCACAGCCAGCGAUCCGAGCGCCGCCCUGGGCAAGAAUCCUCUUCGCAAAGCCCACAUACAGGAUCUGUGCCAGCUCAGCCCAGAGCCACAGCCACGGCGAGCGGAUUUCCAGCCUUUCACCGCCAGCCCCUACGUCGCCACCACACGGAUACGAGGCACCGGCGCCAGGAGGCCCUCUCUGCUGCACCAGAGCUGCCUGUCGUUUUGUCAGGACGCGGACACUCCCCAGCCACAGGAUGGUCUCCAGCACAUGGCUCCAGGCAGGUGCCUGGGUCAGCCAGAGACCAGCUCUGUCCUGAGAUCCUCCUCGGGCAGCCGGAGCCCUGGGGAUCAGGAAUCUGCCCAGCACCCUUCCUUUGCCUUUGAAACAGAGACUUCGUCAGACUGGGAUCCCCAAGAUCUUGAUCUCAGCUCCGCCAAGGGGUGCCCGCGCUCCCCCAGGGCCAUCUGCAAGGCGGUGGUGAAGGGGUUAAGGGGUAACGAGCCUGUCCGGUGGGAAAUCACCUUUGACAUCCGGCCCCUGUUCCAAGACAGAGAGAGCCGUGAGAACGGCGAAGGGGAUCUGUGGAACGAGACCUUCCACCACUUGGCGGCCAAGUCCAUCAUCCGGGAUUUCGAGCUGCUGGCCGAGAAGGAAUGUGAAAUCGAACACGGGUCUGGGAGGCGGUACCACGUAAACGCUGUCCAAACCAGCCGAGCCUGCAAUGUCAUCAGCAAGUACACGGCCUUUGUCCCGGUGGACCUGAGCACCAGUGGCUACCUGCCAACCGUGGUCGAAUAUGCCAAUGCAGGGCCAGCAUCCAAACAAGGUGGCCAGCGGAGCUCAAGUUCAGGAAGCAGAAGGCACCGAGUCUUCUCCGUCGGACUCGGACGCACCCAGUCGACUUGCGGCCAGGAUGGCGCAGACGAUGGAUUUUACGGCAUGAAUGCAGAUGAGAACAGCCUGUCGCCCGGCAGUACACCUGCCUCUUCCGGCUGGGAGCGCUACAGUGUCCCGGAAGCUCCGCUGCAGAGUCCGUCUGCUUCCUCUGCUCACUCCCAGAAGUCCAUUGAUACCCUUUUUUCUGCCAGAUUGACCCUUCAUAAAACGAGACUGCUGACUCGAGCAGCCAAAGGCUUCAUGAGUAAAUCCCCAAGUCGAGUGAAUGAACCCAGCUCCGAGAGCAGCAAUGAAAACAUUGACUACCUACCCCUGGUGUCUCUGCAGUUGGCCUGCGGUGCCUUCCUGCUGAACCCGGCGUUCUGCCACGCAAUCAGCAUUCCCAUGGAGAAGCUGAAGUGGACGUCUCCGUUCACCUGCCACCGGAUGGCUCUUAGCCCCUCCGCCAGCUCCUACAACACUAAGAAGUCAGGCCCGCCUCAGGAGCCCAAGAGCCCUGGAUGCAGCCGGCAGCUGCUGGCACCGAACGACGUUCCCAGAGAGAGCUCCUCAGACAGCGACGUCACUCCCAGUGCAGCGCUGAACGGCCAUGGAGAGGCUACGGGAGACGCAGGCCGGCCUCGCCACUUCUCUGGCAGCGCAGUGGAAAGCCUCUCAAAGGCCCUGAAAGCUGAGAACGAACUCUCACCCCCUGCCAUCACCAUCCGCCGCUUCUCCUCCCCUGAGAGCACCCAGUCCCCGCGGGAGCCGCAGAGCGACAGCGGCAGAGGCUCGGAGUCGGACAGCUCCGAGCUGCAGUCCCUGCUCUUUGACAUCGAGCUGCAUCAGUGGGCUGAGCCAGAGGGGAUGCUCUGGGCCACAGCAGUCGCCCUGGCCUGGCUGGAGCACAGCUCCGCCUCCUACUUCAUCGAGUGGGAACUGGUGGCCGGCAAGGCCAGCAUGUGGCUGAGUGAGCAGGAGUUCCCGGAGGGCCGGAGCCUGGGGACCGUCAAGGCCGCAGCCCGGCAGCUGUUUGUUUUGCUCAGGCACUGGGACGAGAACCUCGAGUUCAACUUGUUGUGCUACAACCCCAACAACGUGUAGGAAGGGGGAGUGCAAAAGGGGGGAGUCAGGCAGUCAGCUGAGACAGCCUCUGGGGUACAGGGACUGGUCCUUAAGAAACAUGGUCUAACAGCUGAGCUCCACCACUGCCGUGCCAUGCCAUGCACCGUUAUUAGGACAAGCCUUUCUGCGGGCCAGAAAACAACCAAGGUCAUUCAAACCCCAGCACUAAACAAUUCUUCUUCUUCUUAUUGUAUAAGCAGGGUAUGAUUCACCUGUAGCACUCACUGCUGCGGGAGGUUAUUAAGGCCAAUAUCUAAACGAAAGGAUUAUUCAUUUCUGUGACUAGGAAUAGCAUCUCCAGGUAGACGAGGUACUAGGCACCUCCUUCCCUUCAGGCUGGGCUUCAUCUGAUCCCCAGCACCAGUCCCAGAAAGAGAAUCCCAAAUCUUCAUCUCAUCCUUCACGCUUCGCCAUCCAGCCAAGCUCUUCCCUUUUCACCCAGUCACCAUCAAUCCAACGCUCAUCUUUUCACCCAGAGCAUUUCCAGCCAUGAUUCAUCAUUCCCCGGUCUCCAUCUAGACUGCGUUAUCGUGAAGAUUAACAUGUGUCUCUUGUCUCAGGGAUUGGUGUUCGAGCAGCCACUCUGCCUCAUGGGUCAAGGUUACUGGAAAUCCAGACUGCGGCCAAGCAGUUUAAGAUGGAAAAGCAACACUGGGGAUGGGGAAAACAAUGGAGUGAAUUGCCAGGUCCUCCCAGAUCACUCAUUCUCUAUAGCUGUGGAGUUGGACUGGGAUUUUCAAAGGCGCCUACAGGCUAUAAACACCCAAAUCCUAUUGUAAUCCCAACUGGGUGCAUAACUCCCUUAGGCUUCU